GACUGAUCAUUGUACAGUAAACAAACUCUACACAUGUGUACGUCUGAUUUUUAAUUUGUUUUGAAUUAUUUAGAAAAUAUGACCUCUCGAGGUGAUGCGAAUCCGGCAGCGAAUCCAAGCGAUGACGGGCAUCCGGAAUUCAAAUUCAGCUCGCACACAUCUUUUGAAGAUUUAAGAGCUAAGGUACACACAUUUGCAGAGGAACGAGAUUGGGAUCAAUAUCACACGCCCAGGAAUCUACUCCUAGCUAUGGUUGGAGAAGUUGGUGAGCUUUCAGAAAUCUUUCAAUGGAAAGGAGAAGUAAAGUCCGGAAUUCCAGACUGGUCUGAGAAGGACAAAGUCCACCUAGGACAAGAACUCAGCGAUGUCCUCAUCUACCUCAUACGUCUUGCCCAGAAGUGCCACAUUGACUUGCCAGCUGCGGCCCUAGAUAAGAUAGCCCUCAACGCGCUCAAGUACCCUGCAGACCGGGUCAAGGGUUCGAACAAGAAGUAUUCCGAGUAUGAGGGCGAGGAGGAGAAGAGGUGAUAGAACGAGAAGGGGUGUUGCAGGGUGGGGGUACAAUUUAUACAAAACUUUCGUAUAUAUUUUAGAGUAUACCUGGGGGUGUUUCACAAAGAUCCUAAGUUAAACUUAUCUCUAAGUUGGACUAAACAAUUAUGGAAA